UCCCCUACUCCAAAUGAUCAAAUUAUGCCAACCUUGUCUCCCAGACAACCCUCUCCUCCACAACAGACUCCAGCCCAUAUCUCUGCUCUAAUCUCUCCAGAACCGCCAACUUCUCAAGAAAAACAAUCUGAUAAUAUCGAACAACCUGUUCUUCAUUCUGAUCAAGCGACCUCCCCCCAUGUUUCAAAGAAAAGUUCCGGAAAGAAAAAGUGUCGUGAAGCUCAAGGUCCUUCUUCUGAGCCGCGCGCCAAAAAAUCUUGGCCUUCCGUUUCUCCUGUCCCUCAGAAGGGAUCCCAAACAAAGAUUCAGCUGCCAGGGUCUCUCCUUAAACUGAAUCCAGCUGGGUCUUGGGCCUUUGUACGCUCUCUCACCAGCUCACAUGACCUCGCUAAACUGACUUCAGCUGAGUGUUGGGCCGUUUUGGAUGCUCUCACCAGCUCAAAAGACGUUGCAAUGCUACGGGAACUAAGCACUGAGCAGUUGGUGGAUAUGAUAUGUUUCAACCUCGUCGAGCAAAUAAUUCUUGUUUCAGAGGUGGGGAGCAGGCUUGAGAGCUGUGAGGAAAAAGAUGCCGCUCUCAAAGAGCUGAAGUCAGAGGUGAAAGAAAAGGACGUGAAACUGGUGAAAACCAGAAACCUGAAUGCCAAGUUGGAGGCUAAAAACCGGGAGCUGCAGCAGCGUUUGGCCAACGCGGAGAAGGAAAAUGAGGCAUUGACGAUGAAGGCCCGAGCUGAGGGCAAAGAAGAUGGGAUUAAGUUAUGCCGUGAGAGGAUACUUAUGGCCCUCGAUAGGCCUUUCUGAAGGAGCUGCCAUGAGCUACAACACUCUCUACUUGUGUCGAAAGCAUCUGCCCGGAGGAACUGGGGACGCCCGACUUCAUUGAGACAACGGGUGAUUGGUUGAGCUUCUCAGGAGUGUUUAGCAAGAUAAGUUCCUAAACUAUUUAUAAGAUGUAUGUUGCACUUGAUUUAUUUUUUUAUAUUCAUCUCUUCCAAUUUCAUUUCUCUUUAAAUUUCUCUCUAACCAA